GGCAUGGGAACCAGUUAAAGAAAGUGUCGAUUCACUGGAGUGAAGCCGAGAACUCAGUGGCCUUUGUCUGUCCGUGAAUGUGUCCGGAAAGGCAAAGAAGAGCGAGAUUCUCCUGUGCGGUUUCUCAUCUCCAUGGUGGUAGGUGCUGACAGCUUCAGAGGGGGUACUAAAAGAACCCCCAGCCCCCCGAGCUGCGCUGCUCUUACACGAUGAAAAGGACGCGGGGCUUGGAUCCGAAGCUCGUUAUCUGUCACUAAGAUCUUAACUGAAAAAAAAAAAAUCAAGAACCAUUAACACACCUAGAACGAUUACAGCUCCAGAACUCAACUGAAUGCUCUAAAGACACAACGGAGAAUGAGCUAUUACGGCAGCAGUUAUCGAAUUGUAAACGUGGACUCCAAAUACCCAGGCUACCCCCCAGAGCACAUCAUAGCUGAGAAGAGGAGGGCCAGACGGCGUCUCUUGCACAAAGACGGCAACUGCAAUGUGUAUUUCAAGCACAUUUUUGGGGAAUGGGGGAGUUACAUGGUGGACAUUUUCACCACUCUGGUGGACACCAAAUGGCGCCACAUGUUUGUGAUCUUUUCUUUGUCUUACAUUCUCUCCUGGUUGAUCUUUGGCUCCGUCUUUUGGCUGAUCGCCUUUCAUCACGGAGACCUGCUCAAUGACCCGGACAUCACACCUUGUGUCGACAAUGUUCACUCUUUCACGGGGGCAUUUUUAUUCUCCCUGGAGACCCAGACCACCAUCGGGUACGGUUACCGCUGUGUCACCGAGGAGUGCUCGGUGGCAGUGCUCACGGUGAUCCUGCAGUCCAUCCUAAGCUGCAUCAUCAACACCUUCAUCAUUGGAGCUGCCCUGGCCAAAAUGGCAACUGCCCGAAAGAGAGCCCAGACCAUCCGAUUUAGCUAUUUUGCUCUGAUAGGCAUGAGGGAUGGGAAGCUUUGCCUCAUGUGGCGCAUUGGUGAUUUCCGACCAAACCACGUGGUGGAAGGGACCGUGAGAGCCCAGCUUCUCCGCUAUACAGAAGACAGCGAAGGGCGGAUGACAAUGGCCUUUAAAGACCUCAAGUUAGUCAAUGACCAGAUCAUUCUCGUGACCCCUGUGACAAUCGUUCAUGAGAUCGACCAGGAGAGUCCUCUGUAUGCCCUCGAUCGCAAAGCAGUGGCCAAAGACAACUUUGAGAUCUUGGUGACCUUUAUCUACACUGGUGAUUCUACUGGGACCUCACACCAAUCGAGGAGCUCCUAUGUGCCCCGAGAAAUCCUCUGGGGCCACAGGUUUAAUGACGUCUUGGAGGUGAAGAGGAAGUAUUACAAAGUGAAUUGCUUGCAGUUUGAGGGAAGUGUGGAAGUGUAUGCCCCCUUUUGCAGUGCCAAACAGCUGGACUGGAAAGACCAGCAGCUCCACAACAUGGGGAAGUCAUCACCCGUCCGAGAAUCCUGUACCUCAGACACCAGUGUCAGAAGAAGGUCCUUUAGUGCCGUUGCCAUCGUCAGCAGCUGUGAAAACCCAGAGGAGACCACCACCGCUGUCGAGGAGGAGUGUAAGGAAGCUCCCUAUCGGAAAGCUCUCCUGACUCUAAAUCGAGUCUCCAUAGAGUCCCAGAUGUAAUCCUGCACACAAGCAGGGCUACUACCUGAUCACUUUAUCUUCAGCCAAUCACCUAAGGCAAGUAGUUGUAAUCAUGGCUUUAAACAAUGCUACAGCUGUGUUCUGGUGAUGGUAGUGAGUAGAGUAGGUUAAACUCAUAAAAAAUAAUAUAUAAACUCCAUAGCUUUAUGUCAUUAAUUUUUUUUUUUUUUGCUAGCAAAUUUGGUUUAGAAAUCUAUUAUGAGGACGAACGGAGUAAGUUUCAUCUCCUUUCAUAUCUCAUUUACUUGUAUCUUCAAUUGGAGGAGCAAUUUUCAGUAAUGGGGAGUAAAGACCAGGUGCUGAAAUCAAGAAAAACUGGAAGACAGGAAAACUAGAAUGUGUAAGUUUUUUUAAUCUAUAGAAAAUGAUAACCGGAGAGUGCUUCCUUGUAAAAAGCAUCCUGUCAUCUAACCAAGACAUAUAAGCCAUGCCUUGAGUACCGUCAUAUUGAGAUACGUAAAUGUGAAAUCAUUGGCCAGACAGAGUCACCCAAUUUGCCUCUCACAGUGUCUCAUUAUCAGCAGGCAGACACAGAGGCUGUAAAACAACUGGACAGUGCACCAAUUCUGGGACUUUUCCCAUUGCCGCUUGCCUGGGUAACUAAUGAGUCCUGGAGCUAACUAACCCUGUGGCAGAAGAAACGUUGACGUUGUUAUUUAGAGCAGUGUCACUCUCUCAAAGACAGUGGUGGACAUCCUCAGACCCUUUGAGAGAGAACUUUGCCUCUGUCCUGAAAUCGUGCAGUAUGGGCUGCUAUGCAAGGAAUAGAAGCCUCCCCACCUCCCACUCCCUGCUCCUUGGCGCAGGUGAGGAGAGAAGGAUGUGUUUAUUUGUGCCCAGAAACAUCUUGGUCACCUUAUCUAGAGACAUAAAUGCCUCUAGUUCGAAAUUGAAAAUAAAAUCUUUUGUUGAACAAGCA